GCUGUCAGUUAUAGCUUUUAGGGGAAAAAAAUCCGGUAUCGGUAUCGGCAGAUCACACUAACAAAAAAAUCAGAAAUCAGAAUUGGCCAAGAAAAUUGCAAUCGGUGCAUCUCUAUCAAAGAACAAACUUUGUUUGCUGGAGCUGUCCAUGUGUGUGUUUCUUUACAAAAUUACAUUGCCAUCUACUGGCCUGGCAGCAUAAUGCAGUGUUUUUAUACGUUUUCAUGGAUCUGUGUUAAAAAGGGACAGUAUUGACAUUGUUUUCAUCUGUGCACAAAUAUUUUAGUCUUUUAUUUUUCAAACAUAUCCAAUUGAUUUUCAUCUUUAAAAUUAUUUGAUUUUAGGCCUGAUGAAAAUGAAAGAAGAAAGACAAGAUAUGAAUGAAGUGGAGGAGAAACAUCAGGAUCAGAAAGAUCAUGAUCUCAAUGGAGAAAAAUCAGUGAGUUGCAGCAUUAAAAACACAGAAAUCAAAAGUCCUUUCAGCUGCUCUCAGUGUGAAAAAACAUUCACAUGUAACAAAAAUCUUAAGUGUCACAUGGUAAUUCAUACUGGGAUAAAGGCUUCCAGCUGCUCUCAGUGUGGAAAGACUUUUACAAAGAAAAGACACCUUAAAAAUCAUUUGGUAACUCACUCUUCAGAAAAGCCUUUCUUCUGCUCUCAGUGUGGAAAGAGUUUUACACAUAAAUUAAGCCUUAAGAAUCACAUGUUAAUUCAUACUGGGAUAAAGCCUUUCUCCUGCUCUCAGUGUGGAAAGAGUUUUACACAGAAAUCAAGCCUUAAGAAGCACAUGGUAGUUCAUACUGGGAUAAAGGCUUUCACCUGCUCUCAGUGUGGAAAGAGUUUUACACAGAAAUCAAGCCUUAAGGAUCACAUGUUACUUCAUACUGGGAUAAAGCCUUUCUCCUGCUCUCAGUGUGGAAAGAGUUUUACACAUAAAUCAAGCCUUAAGAAUCACAUGUUUAUUCACACUGGGAUAAAGUCUUUCAUCUGCUCUCAGUGUGGAAAGAGUUUUGCAUAUGAAUCAAACCUUAAGAAGCACAUGUUACUUCAUACUGGGAUAAAGUCUUUCUCCUGCUCUCAGUGUGGAAAGAGUUUUACACAUAAAUCAAGCCUUAAGGAUCACAUGUUAAUUCAUACUGGGAUAAAGUCUUUCUCCUGCUCUCAGUGUGGGGCAGAAAGGAUGCGGUUGCAUUUUCCAAUAGACUUGGGAGAUGAAACCGCAACCAAGCUGUGUUCAUGCUUGCAGGUGGUCCUUGGUUCGAGCCGGAUUGAGAGCAAGAUUAAACCAAUAAUGGACAAAGCACAACCCAGUGACGCUCUGAGACAACCCUCCAAACUCGACGCAAGACUAAUCGGCCUACACAUCUGGAUGAUUAUGAUUGUUGGCUACCAACCUUCAAGUGACCCUCCUCCAAAAGCUUCUCUCAUUGUCCUUAGUCAGAGGCCCGAAGGCAGCUCGGAGGAAAACGUCACACAGUGGUGUCAGCUCUCACUCCAGGACAAUGUAGGCGUUCCAUUACUUCAGACUGGCGUCUAUGUCCCGCACCCAGAGCUCUCUAGCGUCCAGAGCUGCUAUGUUGAGAGGAGAAGAUUACAACUGAGAGACAAGUAUCGAGUGACAGUCUACGGCAGCAAGUAG